ACCUUCCGUCAGAUUCCCAUAUUUUCUUCCUACCCACUCCAACAAUCUUAUUCCCCCAAAAAUAUAUCUCCUCUCUUUUAAUAAUAAUCUAGGGUUCCUUCCCUUUGAUCCCCAAAUUACAUUACAUACAUAAUAUAAUAUAAUAGAAUACAAAAUUAGUCAAUUUAGAGAUAGAAGAAAGAUGGCAUUAGAGUGGGUUGUUCUCGGAUACGCCGCCGCAGCCGAAGCGGUUAUGGUCCUGUUACUAACCAUUCCCGGUCUCGGCCCUCUCCGCAAAGGGUUGGUCGCCGUUAUUCGUAACCUUUUGAAACCAUUUUUAUCCAUCGUUCCUUUCUGUUUGUUUUUAUUUAUGGACAUUUACUGGAAAUACGAGACCCGUCCGAGUUGCGACUCGGCCGAAUCGUGCACGCCUACAGAACAUCUACGUCAUCAGAAAUCGAUAAUGAAGAGCCAGAGAAACAUGUUGUUGAUUGCUUCCGCUUUAGUGUUUUAUUGGCUGUUGUAUUCCGUUACUCAUUUGGUUGUUAAAAUCGAUAUGUUGAAUUCCAGGGUUGAAAAGUUGAAAAAUAAUUGAUCGGUUUUGAUUGAUUACGGAUAGUGGCGGCGGCGGUGGUUUAUCGUUACGGAGUUAUUAUCGAAUCGUUUUUAUGUAUUUAUGUUUUGGUAUGUUUUAUUUUUAAUCGUCUAGUUGUUAAUGUUAAUGUUAUGAAUGGAUAAUGCGGAUUAAUUGACACAGUUUUUGUUGUUGCUAUUUGAUAUAUGUUUUUGAUGAGAA